AUGGGCUAUUACUCGACUUAUUAUUCCUAUGGCCUCCCUACCUUUCUCGUAAUUAUUAUUGCACUCUAUCUUCUCUUUACCGACUCCGGAGAGGCGUUCAACGUUGGUCGCUUUCUUGAAGAAUCAAGCCCAUAUGCGUGGGGCGCUGUUGGAAUUGGCCUUUGCAUCGGUCUAAGUGUUUUGGGUGCGGGGUGGGGAAUCUUUGUAACGGGAUCAUCUAUCCUUGGAGGAGGCGUCAGAACUCCUCGCAUCACGACAAAGAAUCUUAUCAGCAUUAUCUUCUGCGAAGUUGUCGCCAUAUACGGAGUCAUCAUCGGCAUCGUAUAUUCUGCAAAACUGAACGCUGUCGCCGAAAGCGUUCUAUACACACGCGAAAAUUACUUCACAGGAUUCGCGCUUUUCUGGGGUGGUCUGACUGUUGGAGCGUGUAAUUUGAUAUGUGGUGUCUGUGUUGGCGUCACUGGGUCUACUGCGGCGCUCGCCGACGCUGCAGACCCAGAUUUGUUUGUCAAAAUUCUCGUUGUAGAGGUCUUUGGCAGUAUUCUGGGCCUCUUCGGUCUUAUUGUUGGGUUGCUCAUGAUCGGUUCUGCGAAUGACUUUGUUGGAGCUGCUCCUCAAGUAGCUGCAACAACUGCCAAAGCUGUAGUAUCUCCAUUCGUGCACUAAUCGGUUUAAUAUACCACAAAUGGCUCUC